AUUAGGGCUGGGCGGCGAGGGUGCGGCUCCCGCCCGGUCGGGCUCGCUGCCCGAGGCCACCCAUGGUUGGAUGCCCCAUACUUUGCUUGCUCAUCCUCUUCUCCCUCUCCAUCCUUCCCACCCACCGGCUAGUCUAUCGUCUUUCUGCUCGGUCUAUCUUCUAUCUAUCUACUGACUCGGCGUGUUGUCCGGUUGCUUCCAUCAGAACAAUUAUUCCAAUCCCACAAUCAUCAUCCAGGAGACCUUUCCCCCCCCAAGAGUGGGGAUUGCCAUCUGAGACUCGGGGAGAGGAUUGGUAUCCCUCGGGGUCUGAUUUGUUUCUGCUUCCCCCCCCUCCUCCCCCCCACCAGCUAUCUUGCGUCACUGCUCCCCAUCUUGCAGUCGUCGAAGAUCGCUUGCGCCUGUCUCUGCUUCACCCUCAUCGCAUCUCCAUCCAUCCUCCCUAUCCCAUCUAACCCAUCCAUCCUCUUGCACUGGCGCCCUCAAACCUGCCCCUUUCCCCUUACUCCACCGUCCGUCCGUGGUUCAGCAAUCAGUGCGUCCCGUCCCUUCAAAUAUCGCCGUCCUCUCCCUUCUCCCGGCUUCCGGUGGCCUGUGACCUCAGGCAUCGGCCUGUCAAUUGCUGUCAAAAUUUUCUUAUCCCCCUUCCAACCCGCCCUUUGCCUAUUCUGGCUUCGUUUUGCCCCUCGGGCAUUCUCAUCGUGAUUGU